UGAAGUCCCUGGAUUUCUCCACGGCGAAUGGCAAUACCCAAUGUACCACCCAGAAAUGGCAGAAGACGCUGAGUGUGAAAUACAGGAGAGGUGGCCCAAGCUUCACUUGCAAUCCACUGCUUCCCUGUCACAUUUUGCAACGCCACCUCAUCCAUUAAAGGUAUUCGAAACAACCCCAGCACACUGGAGAUUGCAAUACAAUGAGUGGAUCCUGGAUCACCUACAAUUCCAAUCAUUGGUGGUGGACCGGUGCAGUUGAAAUCGUGGAGGGUCUCCUCUGUACCACUAAGCAAGGAUGUGGCAGCCCUGAAUGCCACGCCUAGCUUCACACAGUUGUCAUACAGAUGAUAACCAAGGUUUAGCCCAGGCUCACCGCUGGCAAUGCGGUUGUUCCGGUUCUUUAAUGAAGCUCAGUUCUGGGAACACUGUGAUGAGAUGAAAUGCAAACAGGCCUCCAAUGAUAAGGUCUCCAUCCUGAUACAUCCCAUUCAACUUGAAGCGUCCCUGAAGCUUACAGAUGCCUGUGCUGGUGACUGAAGCUGCAGAGAUAAAGUUAAAGGUUUGAUUUUCGUGCUUUCCGGUGGGCUCAAACAAUGGUGUUCGCCAUUGAAGAAAUCAACAGUAACUCUGCUUUGUUACCAGGGGUGACACUAGGUUAUCGGAUCUUGGAUAGCUGUGAUUAUGUCCACACCAGCUUGCGCAGUACACUGGCCCUGGUAAACGGCACCUCUAUUCAAACACAGUCUGUUGCUGGUGCUAAAUGUCUCUCCACUGCCCCAGUAUCAGCUGUCAUCGGUCUGGCAUCAUCUUCACCUACACGAGCUGUGGCUCAUACUUUAGGUCCAUUCGGAAUUCCACUGAUAAGCUACUUUGCGACUUGCACCUGCCUUACGGAUAAGACAGAAUACCCAUCUUUUCUACGCACUGUACCCAGCGAUGUAUUUCAAGUGCAAGGCCUGGUCCAGAUGGUUUCCCACUAUGGCUGGCGCUGGGUGGGUACGGUGGGCACAGAUGAUGACUACAGUAACUAUGGCAUCCAGGCCUUCACCGAUCAGCUGAAUCAACGUGGGGGUUGUAUAGCCUUUCACCACACUAUACCCAAAUCAGCUUCCCAGGCACAAAUCCACUCUAUUGUCAGUAGCCUAGAGGGUUCGACUGCACAUGUGAUAAUAGCAUUUGCCACUGAAGGACAGCUGCUGAAGCUCCUGACCGAGGUUGCUCGUAGGAAUCUGACAAGGUGGCAGUGGGUAGCCAGUGAAGCUUGGGUGACAGCAAAACUUCUCACUGUUCCUGAACUUCAACCCGUCCUGACUGGAACACUGGGAUUUGCCUUCAGGGGUACCACUAUUCCUGGCUUGGCUGAGUUUCUCCUAAGUGUAAGACCUUCACCUAAAACUGAAUCGGUUUUUACUAACAUGUUUUGGGAGGAACUGUUUGGAUGCAGACUAGGUUAUGAUAACAACAGUGAGUCUGACUUACCUCUCUGUACUGGCUCAGAGGAUCUAAUGGACACUGAGACUAGCUACACUGAUUUUAUACCGGUGCGGAUAUCCUACAAUGUCUAUAAAGCCGUGUAUGCUAUUGGUCACGCUCUACAUCAGCUCUUUCAAUGUCAGUCUGAAGACAAAGUCUGUAACACUGCAUCACAGUUCUCUCCAUGGCAGCUUCUUCAGUACCUGAAGGAAGUCAAUUUUAUCAACCAGUUUAACGAGAAAGUAUAUUUUGACAAAAAUGGAGAGCCUGUGCCCCUUUAUGACAUCAUAAACUGGCAACUGAAUGGUAGAGGUGCCAUCCAGUUUCAGAUCGUGGGUAAAUUUGAUGGCUCUGCCCCACAUGUUGAGCAACUUAAGAUAAAUGAGAGGUCAAUUCGGUGGGCAGGAGGACAUGUUGAGGUCCCUGUUUCUCUGUGCUCCCCUCCUUGCCCUCCUGGCACACGACAGGCCAGUCGACCGGGGCAGCCUAUCUGCUGCUUCGACUGUUUGCCUUGUGCUGAAGGGGAAUUCAGCAACAUCUCAGGUGCUACUGAGUGUAUAAAGUGUCCUCAGUACUACUGGCCAAACAAAGAAAGAGUCGCCUGUGUUGCUGGCAUAGAGGAGUUCCUCUCCUAUCAUGAAAUUAUGGGUAUCAUUCUCAUUUCUCUGUCUCUCUUUGGGGUUGCCAUGGCAGCUGUUAUCACAGUGAUCUUCUUUCUUUUUCGAAGCACGCCCAUAGUUAAAGCCAACAACUCAGAGAUGAGCUUUUUACUUCUGCUGUCCCUCAAACUCUGCUUCCUUUGCUCGCUGGUGUUUGUGGGCCGGCCCUCACCGUGGACGUGCCGUGCCAGGCAGGCUGCGUUCGGGAUCAGCUUUGUUCUCUGCAUAUCAUGCAUACUUGUGAAGACCAUUGUGGUGCUGUUGGCCUUUCGUUCAACAAUGCCUGGGUCCAGUUCUUUAAAGUUAUUUGGUCCUGGACAGCAGAGGGCUUUUAUCUGCUGUUGCACAACAGGUCAGGUUAUCCUGUGUGCAUGCUGGCUGGCACUAGCGCCUCCUUACCCUUAUAAAAACACAUCAUACCAGGGAGGUAAGAUUGUUUUGGAGUGUAAAGACGUGUGGCCUUUAGGAUUUUACCUGGUGCUGGGUUAUAUCGGAAUGCUCUCUUGCAUGUGCUUUGCACUUGCUUUUCUUGGACGGAAACUCCCAGAUACAUUUAAUGAAGCUAAGCUCAUCACAUUUAGUAUGCUCAUUUUUUUUGCCGUGUGGAUCUCCUUUAUACCAGCAUAUAACAGCUCACCGGGGAAAUACACGGUGGCUGUUGAGAUUUUUGCCAUUCUAGCUUCCACUUUCGGACUUCUGUUUUGUAUUUUUGUACCUAAAUGUUACGUCAUUUUGCUAAGGCCUGAUUUAAACACUAAGAAGGGAAUGACUGGAAAAAUGUCAAAGUGACAUUUUAUUGACAUGCGUGACGUUGUUCAUGUUUAGUUACACACCAUUUGUCAUGUUCAUAUAUUCUGUAUUUAUUGAUGAUUACUAUUACAUUACAAUCCAAAAGUGCAUUACAAAGCAUACAGUUUAUUAUUAUGUGUGUUAUGGGAUCAAACCCACAACCUUUUGCACUGCUAACACAAUGCUUUACCACUGAGCUACAGGAGCAUGUUAUAUUUUUCAAACUGUAUAGUUUGUUUCCCUAUUGUUACAAGUUUGUCUUGACAUCAACAGAAGCAGUGCUCCUUAUUUUGUUGUAAGUAGAGCUAUGCAAUCACAAUAAAGGCUUUUAUU